UCGGAUCUAUAUUAGGCUAUGUUAUAUUAAUUUCCCUAAAUUUCAGGAAUUAUGGCGUUAAGAGAUAAAUACGUACCAGCAGAUGUGUAUGCGUGGACGGCAAUUCUUAUUUUGCCAAUUAAUUCGGCUAUGAACCCAUUCUUGUACACAUUUUCUACAAUAUUUGGGAAAAUGAAAUUAAAUCCGGAUGUAGACGAACAAGUACGUGUCGACUUAGGAAAAGAAAUCGCUACGGCGGCAGUUCUUGACACAUUGCCGUACUUUAUGGCAAGGAGACUCAGACGUGGAACUCGAAUAAUUUCUCUACAAGAUCAUUUACAUGGAGGGACUAUGACACAAUGGGAGAAACUAUGUGUAGCAUACCAGUUGGCUGAGUGUUUGAGCUGCCUACAUUCUAAUGACCUAGCCUUAAAAAAGAUUACAACGAGCACGAUAUUGCUUCGCUUGAACUUACUAACCAACGUAAGUUGUAUGCAAUGUAUUUUAGAUAUGUCUUUGUUUCAAUUAAUGAUAUUUGCCAUAUUUGCAACUUUUUUAUAUGGUGAACAUACAAUGUAAUCAAUAUAGCAAAUACAUGACAGUGGCUGUCAUUCUAUUUAAACUUCAAUGAAUCGAGAUCAGCCUUAAAAUGUUAUUAAGUCUACCUAUGUCGAGCGUAUAUAAAUAUGU